AUGGCAUUGCCUCUACCACAGUUGCCUCAGUUGAUAUUGGAUAGAAUUGUUAGGGAGUCAUGGAGAAUUGCUCUCGACCCAUUGGAGAAUGAUGGGAGUUGGGCACUUGAAAUGGCAAUGGUCAGCCAUCACUUUCGUUCACUGAUCGUGAAGUUAUACGACCGUCUCAUCAUAAACAAAUCAACGAUUGAAUACAUCAAGAAAGGAAGACACCUGCUACCAUUCGCACUGAUUGGCAAGACACCGCUGGCACAUCUCACUAUUGAUAAAGAAGACGAAGACUAUGAUCCCUAUGAAGAUGAAGAUGACAAUAAGGAAGCACCAAUUCUUGAUAACGACAUAUUCAAACAGAUCAUCAUUGAUGGAGUGUUGACAUCACUCACUGGUCCUGCAUAUCAAGUGUGCAACGUCAUCAAGACGUUUGGAAUCACAUCGUUGAUCAAAGUCAACAUCUCAUAUGAGUUGGAUGGUCAAGAUGCAGAGGUUUGGAUGAAAGACGACAUUGGCGACACCAACCCAAACAUACGGGAACUAACCUUCAGCACUCAUGAUGAAGGCAAUGGUGAUCCCGGCUGUGUCUUUGACGGCUGCAUGAGGGGAGUCUUCAAAUCAUUCCUUAAUCUCACGUCGCUCACCAUCGACACGCCCCGGCUGGGAAGGUUCGACAGUUGGAAAAGUCUUGAAUCCUACCUCGAGUCACAGUCAACGAUCAAGUCAUUCACCUAUUCCAAUAGGGAGAGCGACUCCGAGGACACGCUAUUGGCAUUCCUUCUCAGCUCCAAUUGCCCCAUUGAGAUCUUAUCAAUCGAAGUAUUCAUAGGCGAAACAAUACCAUUGAUUCAACGAAGAUUAAGAUCAUUGACGAUCAUGCCACGCCCAAUUGAAGAUAUCCCAUCCAAUGAUCCAUUGGUACACCACCCUGAUGGAUCACUUAUAUCAGCAUUGAGAGUAUCCGAUCACAUUGGAAUCCGUAUCAGCUAUAAUCAUCAAAAGGUUAAUCAGGAGUUCACAUGGUCGUUAAUCAAGGCGCUCACACCAAGUUUGUCCAAGAUCAGUUUGGGCGAGGAUGUCCGACAGCUGGGCUUCCCCGACAACUUUGGAGAACCAAUGACCCAAGAACGCCUCGAUAAUGUGACUACCAAAUUGGAUGACAAUCCAAAAUUAGGGUAUAGUUGGGAAACCUACCAUCAUAAGGCCAUCAUGCUAUACUUCUAUCCUGAUUAUUAUAAUAAUUAA